AUGGCCACAGCUUUCCCCAACGUUGGGUCUUCUUGCUGGACUCGCUGCCUCCGGGCCGACUCCAGCCCAACUGGUUUUCAUCUGGACCUCGCUGCUUCGGCCGACGUCCACGACCACUGGGACCUGGCUCCCAUUUGGUAUUCAGCUGGAUCUGGAUACCCUUAUUUCGGGAGGCGUGCCAGACACAAGGCUCGACAGCGGCUUCGCUAUCGAGCUUUUCAUCGUGCCGACUGGGAGCUGCUUUUCCGGCAUCACAACAGCAUGCCGCCGCAGCAGCGCGCUGCAGCUACGACCAAGGGGUCUGGCAAAAACAAAGCCAAGCCCGAGAAUGCGCAGAGCUCCGCUGUGGAGUUCGGACUUCCAUCAACUAUGGUCACGGCUUUGCAAUCGAUAUCCUCUCCUGCGACCCAGGACCUCUGGGCUUCUUCUGCAUUUGCUUCCAGCGAGCUUACUGCGGAUCAGAUGGCACAACGGAGAUCGAAUGCUACAGCCAAGUUAUCGAAGCGUAUUACCGGGAAUAUGAAGGCCCGGAUGGAGUUCGCAGCUGCCCUCUCAGCUUGGAUGGGGCAGCUCAGCCAACAUUUGAUGGGCCUGCUUGGCCGCGUCCGUGCUAUCAGCGCAAAGGUGGACGAAGACUCACAGCUUGCCAUUCAGGAGAUGCAAUCUUUUCUGGCAGCACAGCCAUCCGUGGCCACACAAGAGCAGAUCCACCAAGCCCAGAGGAACAUGGGGCCGACUUGGAGCUCACAGCAGGACGAAGAGAUUAUCCGUAUUGCUGCUGCUAUGAAGGCUUUUGGUUCGGUGGCCUUUCCUGCGCCUUCUGCGAUGACAGGCCUUGGCCAGGAAACGCCUCCUGGCAGCUUGCUCGGCCCCUCGGACAUGCACUCCGAAGUGAGCUUCGGUGGUGCGGCCUCUGGCUAUCCGGACCCACCUGCUGGGGAAGCUAUUCACCAUCCCACUUUUGUGGCAGCCGCGCCUUCAAGCGCGUUGGAUGCUAUGGCGCCGACUACGCCGGCCCGCAGAUGGAAACGCCAACAAAAGGAGCCGGAGAACCGGCCCUCCAAAAGUCCUCGUCGAGAUGUCGGCCGGGUAAACGAGGCUCCAUGGGCCUCUGUCGCUACAGGUUAUACGCCAGAGAGCCUGCAGCGACCGUCGAGGCUGGCGGACCACGAGGAGGAACUGGUUCCAGACCACACGCGCUCCUUGCCCUCAGCUGUGCCCUCAUGGUUUACGGGGUGGUUAUGUACAAUGCGCUUCGCAAUAGAGCAGGGGGGGGACGUUAUUGGCGAGCUAAUUCAACACCCAGAACAGGGUGCUCUUCUUUCUCUCCAGCGCAACGCGGAUGUUGCAAGUGUCGUCAGAGAAGCGGCACAGGUCCUGUGGAGCCGUCUACAGCACAUUGUGGGGGCUCAAGACGAGUCAUCAGUGCCCACUAUACUCGAGCAUAUGAGGAGUUUCCUGCAGCAGUUACGGAUGUGCCCCCAGGUUCUCCCCGAAUUACCUCAGGGUCUUGUGCUGGCUGUGCAGGUUUCUUUGGGCUUCGUUCUGGAUCCGUUCAGCUUUGCGCCCUCUACUGCUCAGGAGUGGUUGUUCCCCAGCUUGUUGCUCGAGCAUGGCGGUCCAUUUUGCGGUUUUGUGCCUUUGGAAGCCUCACCCGAGCCACAUGUGCAAAUGUUGAACUGCAGGAGCCUACACAGUGACGAGGGCUUGGCUGAGUUUUGCGGCCGCGACCUCAGGCUGUUGGCUAUAAAGGUGCUCGGGGUUCCGGUAGGCUCCAUUACCCGGGCAGGUCCCUGGCGUCCAGGUGUGGCAGCAAGGCCCGCCUAUUUAAAGGACAUAUGUGUCUUUAGGAUAGUGAGUGGACCUGUUGUCGGCUACACGAACCUCUGCCUGCGAGUCACAUCCCUGUUGAUCUCCGACCCAUCGGCGGACCCGUUGUGUUGUGUGAGGACUUCGGUUAACUUCAGGGAAGGUGUGGUCUACACAAAACAUGCCGUCUAUACCAGCACCUCCGCCUGGACUCCAGGCGCUGAGGCUGCCUUUCACGAGAUCGUCGGGGCUAAUGCUGUAAUUAUAGGUGUCAACGGUCAUGUGUACGCCGAUGUGCCCACGUUUGCCGAUCAUCAGAUCAUUCGCUCCGCCGCAUUGCAGGCGGCCUCCCUGCUAUCCAGUUUGCAGCAGUUCAAUGUGGCGGCACAGACUUACCUUCGGUCGUCGAUAUGCUUGCCUCUCAGUGGAGAUUGGGCACAGAUGAAGAGGCUAUUGGAGGCAGGUCUUGUGGCGCGUUGCCAG